AUGCAUGUCAAAUGCAGCAUUAAGACAACGGCAUGGCAACAACAUCAGCGGCGGGAUCUAAAGACCAGCCGGUCACAGAGCCCGGGGUUGGCGUCGACCCUUGGGAUAAAUCUGCAAAGAGGUUUUCAUCGUACGUCGGCAUGUCGCGUUUGGGUUUCAAUCCAGGUCGUCGCAGUUGCUAACCCCCAUUCUUCUAACAGCAAACAAAGCUCCGAGUACUUCGAUCCAUGUCAAGAGGCGGCGACGAGAAGUAUCAAGUGCAUGCAUCGCAAUGCUGGGGAUAAGGAUAUGUGUCAGGAUUACUUCCAGUGCGUGCUUCUAACCGCCCGCCCUGUCACUGAAAUCACCAUCCCGAGAACCCGAUUCCGGCACUCCGCACAAGAGUUGGACUAA